AUGCGACUACUAACUGCCGAUACAUCUGUUUUGUAUCAUCCUCUUCAUUCCGGGGAAACGUUCCGGGUUUUCGAGCUGUAUCCUGGGAAGGGGGACGAACCACUGCGAGGUGGAUUGCACUAUAGAAAUCUGAAGUGUCCACAGGACUACGAGGCCCUUUCCUAUCUGUGGGGGCAUGCGACAAGCUCGAUCCCAAGGACCAGGAACAGGCCCAUAAUUCAGUGCAACGGUAGAGACAUGAUUGUCACGCCAAAUUUAACGCAAGCUCUCUGCGAUCUUCGACACGAAGUCAAACCCCUUUUCUACUUUAUUGAUGCGAUCUGCAUAAACCAGGAAGAUCAGACGGAGCGUGGCCAUCAAGUCGCACUGAUGGGCUCCGUGUAUUCGAACGCACGUAGAGUAGUUAUUUGGAUCUGUCAAAGCGCAGAUUGGGAUGCUCGGCAUGUUUUACCAGCCCAUCCUCCUGCACUCUUUACAAACAUACGCGCACGGCGCGGUUUCGGCGCGAUUUGUCAAAUCGUUAAUCGCUGGCUAGCGACCACAAAACAGAAUCGGAAGGCUAGCUACGCCUAUGGUCGUCCUGGGUCCCCCGACCUUUGGUUAUACUGUGAGGACUUCGACGACGAAGAAUCUCUGACCCGUAUUGCACCCUUCAUGCCUCAGCUUUGGUGGUCAAUAGCCGAUAUAUUCCAAGCACCUUGGUUCUGGCGCAUAUGGGUCGUCCAAGAAGUCGUACUUGCCAAAGAUGCCGUGGUGAGAUGGGGCGACGCGCAGAUCGACUGGCGCUGGUUGGGCACGGCUGCAGCACUGCUUCGCACCAAUUAUCGAGAUGUCUGCGGCGCGCUGAGUAUGGGAGGGGUCUACAACGCCUAUUUAUCAUAUCGAAUGUCACCUACCAUGAGCGAGCUACCACCUCCGAAGCUUUGUUUCCUGGACCUCAUGCGGUUGACGCGCCAGCUAGAUUGCACGGAUCAUCGAGAUAGAGCGUAUGGACUUUUAAGCAUCGCCACAAGCGAUAACGUUCCAGGAUCCGACAAUUUGUUUUUAAAGCCAGACUAUAGUAUAUCUUCCUUCGAGUUAUGGAGACGAAUCGCUUGGAAGGCCAUAACCGCGACGAAAACCCUGUCAAUUUUGUCAAGCGUCCAGUACACUGCAGCUAUUCCUGGCUACGAGAGCGAGCGUCAGGUCACUGGAAGCUUUGGACCUCUGUCUGGGUUGGGAGAACGACCUGAAUCGAUGCCUUCCUGGAUUCCGAAUUGGGAGAAGGUACUUCGGGCCACCCUAGCUCCUUGGGAUCAAGAUGAUUCUUUCGCUGCAGCAAAAGACUUUCCGCUGGAUCUGACUGAAUGGACAGAUACAUGCCCGGAUGUCCUCACUGUCAGUGAAAUCAUGAUC